CUCCACGCCAAGUUCCAUGUACAUAUAUAUAUUGCUGUAGGUAGUAUUAGUUUAUCCUAUUUGGGAGUUUCACUUAUAAACAUGAGGGAAAGGGACCCUCUUGUAGUUGGUAGGGUUAUUGGGGAUGUUUUGGACCAGUUCACUCGAACUACAGCUCUUCGGAUCAUGUAUGGCUCGAGGGAGGUGACCAAUGGGCGCGAGUUCAAACCCUCACAAGCGGUCAACCAACCUCGAGUGGACAUUGGUGGCAACGACCUCAGAACCUUCUAUACCCUCGUUUUGGUAGACCCAGAUGCUCCAAGUCCAAGUGACCCACAUCUUAGGGAAUAUCUUCAUUGGCUGGUCACAGACAUCCCUGGAACCACAGGUGCAACAUUUGGGCAAGAAGUGAUGUGCUACGAGAGCCCGCGACCGACAAUGGGGAUCCACCGCUUUGUGUUCGUGCUCUUCCAGCAGCUCGGACGUCAGACGGUCUACACUCCGGGGUGGCGCCAGAACUUCAAUACCAGGGAUUUCGCUGAGCUCUACAACCUCGGCUCUCCCGUUGCAGCCAUCUACUUCAACUGCCAAAGGGAGUCGGGCUCCGGUGGAAGAAGGAUGUAUCUCUAACUAGUCAUUACCAGUCUUGUGUUAUUGUAUUUUAUCGUGUCGUCCUGAUCACUUCUACAUAUCUAUCUAUCUAUAUGCGCAUACAUCACACAAAUGACACGAUGGUUAAUAUAUAUAUAUAUAUAUAGAUUCCUCCAUGUACCACAUAAUUACCAUUAGCUCUAGAUUGCAUGGUUAUAUCUGAACCCGCUUUGAUAUAUGUUGUUGGGAUUUUGUAAUGAAAGUGCUCAAUUAUA